AUGCGCAAGUGUCGCCACCGGGCCGAGGCCGUUGAGCGGGGCGACUCGGACGACUCCGACGACGACAACAACGAGAAUGCCGACAGGCAGAAGGGCGAGAAGAGGAAGAAGGGCGGCGCUGUCGACGAGCUGAGGGGCCUGCUCGAGGCGUGUGUCAAGAAUAAUUUUGUGGGCGUCGAGAACCCGCGCUUGUACAGCCAGACGUACUACGGGACGAAGAACCUGGUGCAGAACUUUACGGAUGAAGGUCAGCUGUCCCUGGCGGUGUCGCGUCGUGACUUCCCUUGUGUGUAA